AAUCAAUUUCAAAACCAAGAGUCUCACCUAGAAUAUCAAGAAACUCGCUAUAAAGUUUAUAGCGGCUUGAUCAUUUAUAUACAAAUUUCUAAACGUCCUAUUAACCUUUAAUUGACUGUUGCCCACAUAAUAACAAAUAAAAACAGGAUAAAGAUAAACCAGGAUAACGAAAGAAUUUCAAAAGUUAUCAAUGCAUAAAUAUAGUUAUGGUUCAAAACCAGGCCAAAACUACAAGUUAUAUAAAAAGGUUAUUCUUUAAUUUAUCAUUUGAAUACUAAUAAUUGCAUUGUCAGCUAUGUCCAAAAUGUAUGUCAAAUAUCUCACUUGAUAUUAUCACCAUGAUCCUCUGCUAAAGUCGGUGUAAAAACUUUUUAUCGAAGGUAAAAUUCAUUCAAUUGUAUCUAUGUACACAGAUAUGUGUGUAUAUCAUUUUUCUGAACUUUAAUUUUAUGUAUGAAUACGUGUUCAUAGAGAUGUUUUCUAUUGACUUUUUCAACAGUCUAUGCCAUAGAUGGAUGCACGACUAUAAUACACUAGUAUAUCAAUCCUAAGAUGGAUGAAAAAAAGAUAGCUGUUAUUGGAGCAGGAAUUAUGGGCAUUUCUGCUUUAAGACGGCUAUCUGAGAACAAGAGGUUUCUUCUUACUUGUUUUGAGCGGAACUAUGACCUUGGGGGUCUAUGGGUCUAUACCGAUCAAACAGAAAAUGAUGUUUAUGGACGAAAAAUUAAUUCUGCUAUGUAUAGCAAUCUACAGACUAAUCUUCCAAAACAAUUAAUGCAGUUAGAAGGUUUCCCCAUGGACGAAAAAUGUCCAUCUUUUCCUACGCACACGGAUGUUUUGGCUUAUAUCCGUAAAGUUGCCGACCAAUGUGAUAUUCGAAAAUAUAUCAAGUUCAAUACUGAAGUACAGUUAGUUACACCAGUUUCGGAAAAUACACAGGAUACAAAAUGGCUAGUAACAUAUGGCGAUAAUAGAAAAAAGAAUGACAGUCAGGUUGAAGUAUUUGAUGCUGUUAUUGUUUGUAAUGGAAACUGUUCAAUUCCAAAUUAUCCAAUGAUUGAUAACGAGAAGGAGUUUGGAGGAUUAGUUAUUCAUAGUAUUCGAUAUAGACGUCCAGAACUGUUUGCUGGACUUAAUGUAGCCGUGUUAGGAGCGAGUCAUUCAGGAAUGGAUAUAUGUCACGACGUUUCAAAACAUGCAAAAAAGGUAUACUUAUGCCACAGAGGUUCUAAGCUGCCAACGUUCUUACCAGCGAAUGUUACCGAAAAAACGUCAGGUUUCAAACGUUUCACAUCAUCUUCCAUUAUUCUAGAUGAUAAUGACAUAAUACAGAUUGAUGCAGUUAUUUAUUGUACCGGCUUUAAAUACGACUUCUCUUUCCUUCCCGAAGGCAUACUAGAAGUUGGACAAAAUGGUGUCGUAUGUAAUCUCUACAAGUAUAUUUUGCCACGUCAAUAUUCUACUAUUUUUUUCAUGGGACUUAUGAGACUAUAUAUACUUUUCUUUCCCUAUGGAGAUCACGAGGCUUCCUAUAUUAAAGCGAUGUUAGAGGGGUCUGUCGAUAUUCCAGCUUAUAAGGAGAGGAUUGAAGUCAUUGAUGACGAUUCAAAGCGUCCAUGGCUCUAUAAUAGUCAUUGGGAGUGGGAUAAAGAACUUGCUGGUAUUGCAGGGAAUUUUGAACCAUUCCAAUCAGCACUGAAAAAAAUCAGAGACCAUGUAUUGGAAGUCAAAGCAAAAGAUUUUUCAAAGUUUAGAUUAGAUGCUUUUAAAAUAACUGGAUCAGACUCGUUUGAAAUAUUAUAAUACUUGUGAUAACAAAAUGGUUUGUUGAUAGUGCUGUCGUAGAUAAAUGUUUUUCCUCUUCAUAUAUUCGCAUGCAGAAUUUAAUUAUCUAACCCAAAUACACGUAUUUCACCUUACAAACAAAAUUAUAAUGCAAUUUGUAUGUAACAUUUUUUUCAUUGACUAAAAGUUGCCAUCAAAUCCACAGUUGACCAGGCGUAACUAAGGAUGGACCCGCCAUUUUGAAUUGUUGAAUCAACAAAUGUUCGAUUACUACUAUAUAAUCGAAAAUAAAACAACACCUACCUCGAAUUCGCCGUUUAAAUGUAAUUUUAUCCGAAUUUGAAUCGUACCGGUAAGGUAAUACACCUUAUUGCUAAUCCCAGCUGAUCCGGGCGCUUGAACUUUUGACACAUUCAACAAUCAAAUUGCCAUUGUGCGUCAGAUAUUUUGUUUUAUGACGUCAAAAUUUUACGGGAACCUGUGUGAUAUCCAGUAAUGGCGGACAAAUAGCGAUAAAGUGUAUAAUCUCCAGUAUGUAAGUUUUCAUUUGUAUGACGUCACGUUUAGCCAUGACGUCUUUGCGCCUAAAUCAUUCAUGAAGUUCCACAGAUGUUUUUUAUUUGUCAAAUUUAUACCUUUUUUUUUAAAAGUUUUAUCGUAUUAUUUCUUUUUGUAAUGCAUUAGAAUCGGAAUAACAGUACUGUAGUUGAAGAGUUGCCACCGUCAAUUUUGAUUUGACGGUCGCAAAUCUCCGUUUUACUGUCUCCGCUACGCGUCGCCAGUAAAACUGCAUUUGCGACCGUCAAAUCUACAAUUGACGGUGGCAACUCUUCAACUACAGUACUGUUAUUCCUUAAGUACAUUGUUAAAAUUUGGAUAAGAAGUUUGGAACUUUUUCUUGCAUUUUUCCAACGUGGAAUCUCUAAAAUAAAAUCAUAUUUAGAGUUUAAAAGAAAAAAUCACAAUAAACUGAACUUCCUUGAGUAUUAAAAACGAGAAGUCCCUAAUCAAAAACAAAAGCUCAAUCACAUCAAACGAAUAGAUAACAAAAACUGUUAUAAACUUAACCCCUAAUGAAUUUGUUUUAUUCUUUGACAGGACAAAAUUUUUACACCAAGCCAAAAACUCUUCUUAAUGACAGAAAAUGUAAAUAUUGUACAGUUGAUUGUGUAGAAGACGAAAAACAUUUUUUAAUGCAUUGUGAAAUUUAUUCAGAUCUGCGAAAUGAUCUUUUUGUGAAAGCAAGUGCAAUUAACCCAAAUUUUUACGAUUUUAAUCAUGAUGACAAAUUUAUCUUUCUGAUGUCACAUGACUGUAUACAACCCUUUUUAACAAAAUCUUUAUAUUUUAUGUUUAACCGCAAAAAAUAUUGUGUAUAACAGAAUGUUUUUUUUUUAAAUGUGAUGUAAAAGUUUUAUUUAUUCAUUUGUAAAUGAAUGUUAGAAUAGUUUUAAAGCAAAAGUGUCUCAAAAGUCAGUCAUGGCUGGAUACCGAUAUUUUAACUUCGAUUUAAAUUCUUAUUUGUAUUUUUAUACUUAUAUUAUUAUGUAUGAUAUUGUUCAGUAUUGGUAUGUGACACUAUAAUAAAAUAUUCUGUCUGU